CUAAACUCAGAUUUGAGUUGUCAGUUUAAGAGUUCUUCUUUGCCCAUGUUCCUGUCAAUAGCCUCACCUUCUAAGUUUCUUGAUGGAGCAGAACAGUUAAAUAUUCGCUACAUAUAUUUGACUUAAUUCAAUAGCCCUUUCCAAGUGCCAACAUGUUCUGCUCUCAACCUAUAACCAAACUUUCCAAAAAUGUUGUCAGUAUUAAUUUUCCUUUCUAAAUUUAAGAAGUUGUCUUAUCAUCUAGUAUCUACUUCUUACGAAGAGUUCAUCCUAUCCCUAAGUCUGGUCAUUACCCUGCUGGGUAGUUCUAGUUCCUCUUGUCUCAGACUAGAUUUCAUUUAUCUUCAUUAAUAUUAUUGAGUUUUUUUAAAUACAGAAUUAAAGGAAAGAAAAUCCUUUUACAACUGGACUGAGAUCUGGGUUAACAUCUCAGCUCUGCCACUUACUGGCUGUGACAAGUAAUUUACCGCCCUGAGCUUCAGUUUCCUUAUCUCUAAAGUGAGAUGGUUGGACUAAAUCAUCUCCAAGUUCUUCUCAAGGUCUAACUCUUUGAUCCUAUGGCUUAUGGCUAUUCUGAGAUUCUUAGAAGCUCCUAGUUGGAGCAGAAGACAACAAAGUUGACAAAAUAUGAUGAUACUUUUGCUGAUAUCGUCUUUCCACAUUUCUUAACCUCAUCCAACUCUGCCCUAUAGUACAGUCUUAAUAGUAACUUGACUUAUUUAAGUCCACCUUUUAUCCCCAACUUCACCAAGGUAUUCCUGAUUUGAUUCCUGAUUGAUUAUUGUUUCCUGUUGAAUACAAUUCAUUUCACUUUCUGUUCUAGCCUCUUAUGAUACAAGGGGACAAGGAAAGAAUAACAGCCAUGGGAAGUGUUUGCAUUACUUUUUUCUUUUAGUCUUUCAUCAAGAAUUAAAAGGUUGAAUUGAGAAAGAAGGCUGUGAAAGCAUUUGUCUAGGGCUGGAAAGAGGAAACAAAAUAAUUUUUCUGGAGAAUCAAAAGUUUAUAUUGCCUGGUAAGAAUAGACUUUUACACACCCAAACUGAGAAUUUUCUCUCCUUACUCUGAUCUUAGCCCACUCUCCCUCAACCCUCCUCAUACAUUCUACACAUAGAACUCAGGCACCUGUUUCCCCAUUAUUAAGUCAUUCUUUCAGAAUGAGAUUGCAGGGUUUAAAAAAAUGAGUAAACAUUCUCUAAGCAAAGUCUUUUGGGGGAUUGAGACUGUCUAGAGGGAAUAGAAUUGAGGCUACCAGGAAGAAGGUUUUCAUUCUUAUGCUGUGGGAGAGAAUGAACUUAAGGAAUGCAUUGACAAGAUAACAUGUUAUUUGGGAGGCAGGGGAAGGAAAUGAGACCUCAGUGGUUACUUUUAUUCUUCUUACUCAUGGAAAUUAAGGGAAUAAGGAGUUGUCUUGAAUGUGAUCCCAAAUACUUUAAGGAUGUGAUAUGGCUACUGGAUGGCUUGGUGCCCCAAAAUACUCCUUCACGAAAAAUGUUCCUUGACCGACAGCUCCAGGAGCUGAGGAGUGUAAGCACCAGGGUCCACCAGGGGAAGAAGAGACUACGGUUGUUGGAUGUCCGCCAAACUAUCCAAGUGAGAGAAUGGUUGAAAGAGAAGCUCAGCAACCUAAAACAGAAGCCUUGGAAAGGGGUCUUCAUAUUCCAGGGCCAGCUUCUUGAACUUCGUCAGGACCUUGAAUUCCAUCUGACAGAAACUUUAAAGACCUUCUCUGAUCUUGCUUGUUCUGAAGAUUGCAUGAUGACUGAGGGUCCUGUUCUUGACUGCUGGAACUGUCUACGGAUCACUACACCAUGCUUCAGAGGAGAACUUUGUGGCGAUGAUGACCCAAUGAUAGCUCAGCAACGAGAAAUUUCAUUGUUUUUAGCACUGAUGAUGGAGGCAGUAGGGUUGGGAUCUAUUGCUUUACUGUAUUACUUUUGCAUCAUUCACCGGAAAAAGAUGAAAGUAAAGCUAGAAGAAUUGAAGAAAAAUCCACAGACAAAAAUGAUAAAAGCAAAAAAAUAGAAGAAAAAGGAGGAAGAAAAAAAAUACAACAGCAAGAAGCAAGAUAAGAAAAUAAAUUAAUAAGAAAUA